AUGACGACGACGAUUGUAGCACUCCUGCUCGCCCUGUCGGGUAAGUUCUGGUUCCGGGGGGCUGUGGCACGCGACAUCUUGCCGCCAGGCCCCGUGGACGCGGUGGUGGGGAAGAACGUGACCCUGCAGACGCUCCUGAAGGACCCGGAGUACGCCUUCAUCAUCUGGAAUUUCAAUAACGAGCGCGAGCAGAUCCCCGUGGCUACUGUGGGGCCCCAAGGACUCAAGGUCAAUGCACCCUACGAGGGCCGUGCCAGCGUGGAUCCCAAGAGUGGCACUCUCAGCCUAAGCGCGCUCACCGCCGCCGACAGUGGGGACUUCAGCAUCAACGUCGUCAAAGCCGACGGUGACACCGAAACCGCCGAGAUUAAGCUGCGCGUACUCGAACCGGUGUCCGGCGUGGUGGUGACUGCAAACAUGGUGGAAGCGCUGGAGCACAACAGCACACUGGUCCUAACCUGCAACGCCAAAGGUUCCUUCUUAAAUUUCACCUGGCUCAAUGGCACUGAGCCCAUCGCAACGCCCGCCGGCGGUCGGCUAUCAGUGGAGCAGAGCGAAUCCAGCAGUCGGCUGACCAUCGCGCGGGUGCUGCGCUACGAUCUGUCACGACCCAUCAUCUGCAGCGCAGCCAACAAAUUGGAGACCAAGAAGAGCGCCCCCUUCAGUGUGCCCGUCUACUACGGUCCCGAUGUGCCAAAACUCAAGCCGUCAGAGCCGCCGCGCUUUGUCCGGGCCGGCUCCGACUUCAACUUGACGUGCACCUCGCUAUGCAACCCGCCCGCCGCCUUGGCCUGGUACCGGAACGGCACCCUGUUGGACGGCGCAGGGGCCACGCUUACACUCAAAGUGGUGCAGGGCCGCCCCAUGUGGGAUAAACUCAAUCAGUACUCCUGCAAGGCAACCAAUGCCAAGACCAAGAGAGUUGCCACCUCGCCCGUCGUCUCCUUUGCUGUCAUUGAGCCGGUGUCAGGCGUGAAGAUGAGCCACCCAGCAGCCGCUGCCGUCCUGCUGGCUGGCAACAGCUCGGCUAAUCUGAGCUGCCAGGCGGCGGCCGGCGCUGUGACCGACAGGACAUGGCUGAAGGAUGGCCAGCCAUUGCCGGCCCGAGUGGCAGCGGCACCCGACGGCUCCUGGAUCGGCUUUACAACCCUACAGCGGGACGACAACGGGCUCUACGAGUGCCGCCUCGCCAAUGCCGUCAGCUCCGAGAAGGCCGCCUACAAGAUGGUCGUCAACUUCGGUCCCGAGGAGGUGAAGGUGAGUGGCGAGACCGCAGUGGAGGUGCGUGACGGUAUCAACCUGCGCUGCUCGGCCGCUUCUGUGCCGCCCGCAAAUUUCACCUGGAAGUUCAACGGAACGCUGACCGACAUCAAGACCUCCACAUACACCAUCGCCGAGGCCACCUACAAGAACACUGGCACGUACACGUGCCAGGCACGCAACACAGUCACCGGAAAGAGCGCCGUCUACGCGCACAACCUGUCCGUCAAAGAGGAGGGGGCGCUGGAUGAAGGCCUGUCAGAUGGCGCCAUCGCCGGAAUUAUCAUCGGUGUCCUAGCCGCGUUGGGCCUCGCCAUUGGCUUGGUCAUUUACUGCAGGCAGAAAGUUCCGGUGGAGUCACCGUACUAG